CCUAAAACAAAAUUUCUCUUCCGGGUUUCUCCAGUCACCCCUAUCUGCUUGAUAUCGGGCCAGGAUUUACAGGUAUAUCCAAACAUGUCUGGAAAAUCUAAAGACGUUUCAUACGUGUGUACACUAAGCGACGAACUUGUUAGAGUGGCCAAAAAAGAACUGAAUGAAAUACCUGAGAAAAGAGCCGAAGAUAUAAACACACUAAGAAAGAGAAUUCUUAAACAUCCUGGUCUAAAUAUUUGUACUGAUGAUGCCUACUUACUGAAAUUUCUAAGAGCCUCAGCAUUCGACCAAGAUGCGGCGUACACACUUAUAUUGAAAUAUUUCGAGAUGAAAGCAGAUGAGAAAAAUAAACAGCUGUUUACAGACUUGCGAUCUGCAGCAGUGAAGCACGUGGUUGAGAGAGGUGUAGUAGGUUUACUUCCACACAGAGACAAGCAGGGAAGAAGUGUUGUUGUUUUCAGACCAGGUAAAUGGGACACAAGUCAGUUCGGACUAGCCGAUAUGUUUAAAACAAUAUUCAUGCUACUGAUCAAGCUCGCUGAGGACGAAGAGACACAGAUAAGGGGAUGUGUUGUCUUGUAUGAUAUGGAUGCCAUGGGAUUUGGACAUCUGACACACAUAUCACCAUUCUAUGCUAAACGCAGUGCGAUGCUUUUUCAGGACUGCGUUCCAGUCAGAUUUAAAUACAUUCAUGUUGUGAACGAACCAGCUGUGUUUGACUACUUAUUUGCCUUGGGAAGGCCAUUCAUGAGCCAAGAGUCCAUUGACAAAGUGUUGAUUCAUGGCCAUAAGUUAGAGGAAUUGGCUGAAUAUUUUGAUUUGGAUUAUCUGCCAACAGAAUAUGGAGGAAAAGCUCCCCCGUUAUCAAAUCAGGAGCUGAAGAGGGCAAUAUUGGAUCGUGAUAAAGAUUUUGAUGCCGAAGCUAAGAAUGGUCUGGUAAACGCCAAAAGUGAGAGCUCUAUGGACGGAAUUACAGGAACGUACCGGAAAUUGGAAAUAUAGACCAGUCGAAAGUUAUUGAUAUAGACCAAUAAGAUGUCUUCAAUAUGUUCUGAUGUUUUCAUUAGAAAAUAAUUAAUCGAUAGUUAUUGAUAUCGACAGUAAGAUGUCUUCAAUAUGUUUUGAUGUUUUCAUUGAUCAGAAGUAAUCGGAACUUUUAAUUAUAGACCAUUGAGUUGGAAUGUUUAUUUUGACUCUUUUUUUUAAUCUUAUUAGUUAAAUGAAACUGUAUGAGCGGAUUUCAACACAGUUUCUAUUAGACAUUUUCCUAAAGCAUCUGUAAGGAUGGAAGCUUACAAUGCGCGCUUUUUCUGAUUACGUAACAUUUGAUAUGAUUUUCAGAAUUAAUUUGAAUUUCUUUAUUAAUUCACACAUACUUGACAUAACAUUUCCACUUGUCGGAUCAUAUACUUUUUACAUAAGGUGAAUAUCAGUUUCGAUGUAUAUGAUCUAGAAACUUAGCAAAUAAUCCUAACACAGGUUUGACUGUAUAUUUAUUUUACUUGAAGUGGUUGCGAUGUUACUUAUUUAUUUUACUUGUGUGAGUACGCAUAUUUUGUAUUUCAAUAAGCGUCUAAUGUGGCAUGAUAAAGAACAUUGGAAGAUCAGCUGGAAGUAACUCAAACGGCUUCUGAUUGGUUGAAAAUCUAAUGUAUAUUUAGGAUGUAAAGUGGGCUGUCAUUGGUGUACUAUGCGUUUGAUGUGUUUGAAAACUCUCUUAUAUCAUACAUGAAAAUCUGAACCAUGACUACUAACCAGAAUUGUAAUAAAUGAUGAAUUUUG